AUGCGAAUCUCGCGAGUUAGCCAGUGUUGCGGCACGCGCGGCUCCUUGAGUUCGGUCGACUUCCAGCCGCACGCUCAGCGACGGUCGGUCCACCGCAUCGCCACUGCAGCUGGUACCGAGGUUCAGAUAUGGGCGCUCUGGCGGGAUGACUCAACGCCGAAAAGGUCGGCGCUGAAAUGCAUCUGCCUCCACACAUUCCACGAGCAUUCACCGUACGAAGUCGCCACCGCGAGGUGGUCGCCUAACGGUCGCUACCUGGCCAGCACCGACUCCGGCGGCACUACCCACAUCCUGGAGCGCAACGACGCGAAGUGCCGUCAACUGGAGCACUCGUUGAGCGACAAUAGGGAUGCUGUAAAUGCGGAUGACGUCGCAUCCGCUUCCGAACCGGGGGCUGCCGCUCCGGAAACAAAGGUAACUCGCAAAUUCACGUUCAAGUACGAUGGUACAACUGCCAAGCGGCAACGCCAAACGAGCAUGCCGAACCGCACAAAGCCAGGAAAGAAGCGCAUCAGCUACGACUCGCAGUCGGUGAAGACUGAAGUUGUCAAGCCGGUGACUGUGGAGUCGAAUGGCGGUAACUUCGAAGUGUGGACUUCCAUCCAAUCCUUCCAGUGCCCCUCGCGCAUGGGCCAGCUGUUCGACAUCAGCUGGGCGCCCGACAAUCGCAGCAUCGUGGGAGGGGGGUUGAAUGGCCAAGUUGCGGUGUUCGACAUUUUCACGAAACAGAUGGUUGCCCAUUUUGAUGUAUUUGAGGGGCAGCGACCCGAUUCGGCCGUGAACAGCCGAGGCUACGUGAAGAGUGUUGCCUGGGACCCGAUGACCCUGUAUAUAGCCGUGCAGACAAGCAGCAGGGAGGCUUCGGUAUGGCGACGCUCACCGCCCAAUCCCGAAGGAUCAGCUCAGAAGUGGACCUUCAAACGCGUAUUUUGUGACACCGACCUGUUCCAGAAGUCGCAGUGCGACGUGCUAGGGGGCUCACGCAUAUCCUGGGCGCCGAACGGCCAGUUGGUGGCGUUCCCCAGCGCAGGCAAGUCCACGCUUAAUUUCGCAGCGUGUUUCGAGGUUGUACACGCUGACCUUUCCCGCGAGGUUGCCGUGCUACUUGACGGCAAGCUGGAUCACCGUCGACUCCAGCUGGUCUACGAUAACGCUGACCACAACGUGCGCCAGGACGCGAUGCUGCUGCACGGCCAUCAGGCGCGUGUGCGCAACGUCCGAUUCUCGCAGGAUCUGAUGGUGCCUCACAAACGCGGCCUUUGCAAGGGCGCCACCUUUUCGGACAGCGACCGCUUCGUCCUUUACGCGCAGUCAAGUGAUGAUGGAACGAUUUCAAUAUGGCGUUUCAAACAUGCAAGCAACUGGGAUUCGCAGUACAAAAACGAGGCGCAGUGCAUCUGUGUGCUUCAGAACGCCUCGGACGAGCAGAGCAGCUUGGAGGACCUCGCCUGGGGCAACGGCGGCAGGUGGCUGGCGGUGGCGGCAAGUCAGGGUGGCAUUAUCCUGGUUGAGUUGAGUGAGGAUGACACCUCCACGCGUUUCUACAGCAACUGGAUGAGCGGGUUGAAAAUCGAGGACACCCAAGGAGUCACUACUAGUUUCCUGCACAAGGUAGAGCAAUACCAGUCGAAGAAAACGUCUCAGGCGUCAACCGGAUCUGCGGCAAAGGAGCAAUCUGAACCUCCCUCUGAUUGCAAGAAUGCAGCCGGAACAAGUGAAGUGUCCGAUGUCACGCCGGCCAUUGUCACUGCAGGCAGCGCCGCCUGGGUUGCCACCGGGGGUAUGCGUAGGUAUGCUGCACAAUACUACCAAACCUUUGGUGGAAGCUUAUCCAAACUCCUGAGCGUUCCUUUAGGGUUGAAAUGUCAUUUCGGCGGUGUCAUGGGGAUAGAGGCUAAGCAGUUGAUGCAAUGUGUGACAGCGAUGCUGCUAAGCACACUGAUGAAGGCGCUUCAAGGUAUAGCGGAGGCAUUGGUAACAGCGGCGGCGAUUAUACUUUGUCACGCGCGUCGCACCAUCGCAACUCCUAGAAUGCCCGUACUGUGUAGGACCGCGGCCAUUUCUGACUCACGCAUCGUGCAAGCACACGUUGAUAUCGCAUCUGGGCCCGCCAGCUUCGGCCAGGGAGUGGAACUCUCUGCCACUGCUAUACGGGGCAUAAACGUCAAGCAUGUCGGGUCUAUGGAUCCUACGCGCCUCUAUGAUCCAGAUUCAGCGGACCCGUGUUUGGGACAGUCUGAAUUUGGGCGGCAGGAUUUGGUGACGUAUGAGUGCAGCACCGGCCUGCCAUCAUCCACCAACGGAUGUGACGGAUUGGGGGAUGCGUACAAUAACUAUUCAGGGGAAAACACGGCUGCAUCACUGACGCACUCAAAUUCGGGUACAGUAGAAAGUGUUGUUGCAACUGCUGUUACUGAAACAUCGCCAUCACAGGGAGCUGCGUAUGCUGACAGCCAAAGUGCGACAGCAGGCGAAGCUAAGCAAAUCGCAUUGGGUGCCAUUAGUGCAUUGUCGCCCACGUCAAAUACAUCGAGGAAUAAACGUCUAGCAGAUGAGAGAACGGUAGCAAGCCCACAUAAAAGGGGGAGGCCGCCUGGACGGAAGUGGAAAGCGCCACCCGUCACGGUCGACAGGAUUACCGACGUAUGGUUAAGUAUGGAAUACCCGCAGGGUGAGGAUGAUUUGGUUGAACUUUUAAAAACUGUUGAGAAGGCCGUCACUGCAGCCGACACGAACCCCCCGGAGGCACCUCAACAGGAACCUGUCGCACCAGUGGAGCCUGAGGUAUCGCAACCAGCUGCCACUACGGAAAAGCGUGAAUCUUUUGAGGCACCGGUGCCUGACACCCCAAAGGAAGUGGAGGAAACACUCGUUGAGGCCGAAACUACUGAGGUAUCGAAAAGCCCAGAAGUCCCUCCAAGUUCCAUUGAAAAGAAACUACUGGCACAACCAAUAUCUCCACCGCGUUUUAAUUCGCAUGCGGCUGCACCGCCUCAAAUGGCGUCAUCCCUGAAACAGUCACCCCUCGGACUACAACAUUAUCUAUCGUCCUCUAGGAACUCUGCGAUGAAUUCACCUUUGUUGACUGAUGGCCUCAGAUUUGUAUCAUCGCCAAUUGCCGCUUCAAGUCAGAUGUCGCCACCGUUGGUCGUGCCGCCUCGUAUGUCGCCCAUCUGGGCGGGCUCCCUUGAUUUGGCAGCUAAUAUGAAGGCUGGAUUUGGGCCCCCUGUAGGCGGCUUGCAACAAAAUACUACACUACAUAGGCAUUUUCAAGCUGUACCUGCUCCUCCGCAGCUGCAGCUAGACCAGAAGAGGCCGUCUACGCGGGCGGAAGGUUUGUUCGAGGUUCCCCCCAUCCGGCCAUCGCUAUCGGUGCAGCUACAAGGUGCUCGAAGACAGCUAGUCGUGGUAAACCGUGCCCAUUCUAUGUGCUCUGCGUUCGUCGCUUGCGUGGAGAACAAAGGUAAUGGAACCCAAGGUGUUCAGUGGACGAAACAGAUCAACAAGGGAUACGCAACUCACAUAUGCCCUAUACACAGCCAGGGGAUGGCGCUAAUUGUCACGCAAAUAGGCCACAGAUCAAGCCGUAGGGGUUCGCAUGACUUUGCACAACCCUUGCAUACCAGAAGGCCCCCCGUCGGUGGAGGCCAGGCGGUGGACACGGAUCCGGCCGGGAGCAAUGCGAAGCCAGUGUUCGCGUCAUUCUUCACGCUGCUGGACACGCGAACUGGUCUAACGCUGAUUGAUGGGUACCCAAUACCAAACUUCAACAUCGCCAGACUCAAUGUUUUCCCCUGCGGUAACCGUAUAUACGCCGCGUUCACCGCUACAAGAGGGGCCAUCGCUUUGUUUGUUUUCUACCGGAAAUUAGGUUCCAUUGCGUGGACCAUAUUGCCCAACAUUGCGAUGUCGGUGAGUGAUUUACUCAAACGCGGCACUUGCGCUGAUAUUAAGCAGCUGCAGCUGCUAUGCGUCAAUCUCAACGCCGCCCAAUGCUCGACGCCUCAGAGUAGCGCACUGGCACUUAUGAUCACCAAGGAAAAAGCGCGGGCUGAAGCUGUUAACGUGGCGCCGCAACCGCUAAACCCGGAAGUCGCUGCGGCAUCAAAUAAUAUUGACCAAAACGUAAGUGAACCUUCAAGGAAACGGCCGCAUGUUGAGGGCAAGGAAAGGGACACCACCUUCGUUGCAAUGCUGGUGUACAUGAAUGAACCACAGGUCUACGUUCUCACGCAAUACUAUGAGCCCUUUCUCAUAAAUCUAGCCCCCGUCCACAAGUUGUUUCACCCUAAGAAGUCUGCAAGCAACGUCCUGUCAUUCGCGUCGCUAUGCAAUACGUAUCGCCGCGAGCUCGGGCGUAUUGAAGGCCCUGAUCAUGAGGGCAACGCGCUCUUCAACGACGUGGUGCACCGGUUGGCUGACAUCUUCCACCUGAACCCGUCGUUGAAGGACCACUACAGUUACCCCAAAACUGAGAAAGUUGUCGAGGAGGUAGUCGUGGAUGCGGCGCUGCAGCGUGAUCGGCUGCUUGCGGCUAUGCUGGUCCUUGGCAGCCGCUCCGAGUAUAUACUGCAGCUACACGAGCAUAUUCACGAUAUGAUUGAGCGCAUCCAAGCCGCCAAGCUUUGCCAUAUAGUGGUACAGCUGUACAAGCGUUCAGUUGAGUGGUACACGGGUGGGUGGAGGGGGCCGCGUGUUAAGCUAAGCGGGUUCGAUGCCCGCCUCAUGCACGUCAUAGGAGUGGACGUCUCCGCCAUCAUGCACGAAUUUCUGUUGCCGCUGCUCUGGGAGUUGUACGUGGCGCUGGAAGGGGAAUGCAGCGUGCGCGGAAUCCCGCAGGCUCAAAACCGCCCGGCCCCUGUCCCCGGCCCGCCUUUCCGAGGCAGGUGCCACAAGUACUGCUCCAUUGUAUCAUCACGCUGUCCCAUCAGCCGGGCGCGCAAGUUGAUGUGCAACAGGCGCACUAUAGGCAACGAGAAUCUGAAGGAACUGCGUGAGAUUUGCGGGGUAGGGCUGCACGCCGCCGCCUCCUGGGAACGCGCCUUGUCAUGUGCGCAGAAGGCGUUCACGAAGUAG